AAUGUGCGCAUUGCGCGUUCAAGCGCCGAAAUUGUAAACAUGCUCUGUAGUAGCUUAUCUGGGUGACUUUAGCUUUGUGUGCCAUUUUCAGUUGUAAAUGUUUCCCACCAUUUAGAAAUAAAAGAAAAUUGUGAUUUUUUUUUAUUCAUGCUAUGAACUAUUAAAUGUAUCACACAGCGUCUUAGCUAAUGCCUCCAGCCACAAUGUCACAGUAUGCAAUCAGUUAUUAUUUAUUAAGCACAAACAGGCUGAUUGCCUCAUAGAUUAUUAAUGCACGUUUACAAUCAAGAUUGCAGCGCUUGUCUCUGAUAAUGUGGUUCAUUUAGUUUAACAAAUUGUCCUUAAAGAUCAUUUGUUGUAUUUGUUUGAUCGCCUUUUGACUAUGAUGGAAUCAUUUCCUACUCACAUCUCAGCAGCUCGUGUUUUAUUUAACUGGAAGCUUCACAUUUGAAAUGAUUUUUCACAGCCCUUGCCAAAUAUUUGGACUUGCUUGUAUAACUGAAUCAACUUUUGUUCCCAAAGGGUCACCAACCUGCAGGUUGGCCCGACAAAUUCUCUCCAUCUUAUGUGAAAUCAAAUCCAGAUAUUCUGUUCAGACCAACAUAUAACAAAGAAAUGAGACUUUUGCAUAAUGCCGUUUAUCCGCCCCUGUGAAGGACACACACUAUGUCAAAUCAUUUGACCCAGUUAGAUUUCAUUUUUGUGGCUCUGAGGCUUUAUCCUUUGAAAAAAUGGGACUACUGUAUAUCGCUUGAAUGCUGAUUGCUCCUAUAAUCCCCAAGCCCUAUGGCAGAGGGCACACACUGUAGCCUAACGUGUUUUUUCUGUUGCAUUAUAUGAACUAGAGCAGUGACGGUAAAUGUUUUAAGCUCUGUUAUUCAAGUGCUGAAUGUGUUUGUAUUCUGUGCAUCUCUUCUUUUUAUCAGUCAUGAAUAUCAAUCAUUCCAGGAGGGCUCUGGCACAGAAUCAAGGUUAUUGAUCAACUCCCGGUAAACAUGCAGAAGCUCAGACCUUUGAGCCUAAUCAAUAGGAGCUUCCAGUGGCAUGUGAUUGGCGCGGGCUUUCAGGGAGAUGAUUACCCAGCGGUCUUUGAGCUGACUCCAUCCCCACUGAAAGAAGGCUUCACUGCCAAGAUGAUGGCUCCAACUUUGGCUUUUGUACUCUUCUGCCAAGUGGCUUUAUUCUCAACUGUAACGUCAACGAAAGUGUGUGGCCGCCCACCUGUGACUGACGGGGUCGACGCGUCCGCUCUGAAGCGCGUGUACGAGGUGGCAGAAGAGGUGACCCUUGCGUGUGAACAGGGGUACUCGCCUUCCACAGCGACCCCUCAGCGGAUAACAUGCACCGCCGCGGGGGAGUGGACACGGUCCAACUUGGCCUGUUCCCCUAAGAUGUGCCCGAUACCGAGACUCCUGCAGCCAUUAGCCCUGGGAAGGACAGAGGCUCCGUUCAAGAGUGUGCUGAACUUCACGUGUGAUGCUGGGUACGUGAUGCAAGGAGCCAACGUGAGCACAUGCUUGCACGACGGCACCUGGAGCAAUCCUCCGCCUCUCUGCAAAGCUGUGACCUGUCCUCUGCCCAAGCCGCCCAACGACGGGAGGGUUGUCCAUGACAGAACCUUUACUGGGACCACCACUAUUUACGGACAGACCUGGAGCUAUGAGUGUAACCCACCUAAAGCUCCCAGUUAUGAAAGGGGAUCCUGUCUGGCUGAUGGAAGCACGACUGGAGCCCCGGUGUGCCGAGAGGUGAGCUGCCCCAUUCCAACAGGUUUGCCAAAUGGCGUCAUCACCUUUGCCGUCAUGAGGCAACAUGGCUACAGAGAGAAGGUCAAAUACGCCUGCAAUGAGCACUAUGUUAUGGAAGGCGAGGCCGAGAUGCAGUGUCAAAACACAGGAAACUGGUCGUCCAAACCAGUCUGCAGAGCUCCCUGCACAGUGGGAAUAAAAAGAGGCCGCAUCUUCUACAAUGCCAGGAAGCUCUGGAUUGCAGACCUGAAACCCAACAGAGUCCUUCACGGGGAGCCGGUUGUCUUCUACUGUCUGAACAAAGCCGAGAGGUGUGGCUACCCUGUGGCCAGCGUCUGUAAUGAUGGAUCACUCCCCAUCCCAGAAUGCUUUGAGGAACCCAGCAAGAUGGAGUAUGCAUUAAAGCCAAAAAGCCUUCCAUCAGAAAUCGAAAUGUGCGCUGCUUCACCCCCUGCGAGCGCCACACGCUCUCCAAGGCCUUCGUAGCAUCACACGAGAUGAGCUGGAACACGUCGAAUGCCGGCUGGACGUUGCAAAUGAUUAAUAGUUAAUAAUUAACAGUUGUGCUCUAAGGCAGAUGGCAUUCCUCAUUUGUUUCCAUUUUAAAUGAGAAUAAAUACCAGCCAUUUGUGAAAAACUGAAAAGAUGUUUUCAUUACUGUUGUGGCGUCUGUUCCUACACUGCAUAGCUGUUUCGACAGAAAAACAUUUGCAAUAGACAUUUAAAAGUGGGACAUCUAGAGAGGAGCAGGAGAAGUUCCCGGUUGCUGUCUCCAAGAUGGCGGUGUAUUUGGCCAUUAUGCAUUUUUAAAAUUGUACAUUUUCCAUUUGUAUUUUCCCUUUAAUAACGGUGCAUGUGGUCCAGGUACACGACCACAUGUGGCUGAGAGAUGUUCUAUGUUUCUAGGUCAUUGUGACGAACCCCUGUCUUAUUAAACACAUUUAUGAG